UCUCGAUUCCACUUACAUUACAUCCUCUCCAUCCCAUUUUGCUAUCCAUCUUUCUCUGUUCAUAGACUGUGAACUGAGAUUGAGCAAAUUGGCAAUGGAGAUGGCUGUUGGACUACACAACUAUGUCACUCCUACACUUAAUCCUAAUCAUAGAACCUCAUCUUUUUCUUCAUCUAUCCUCAGAACACAACUAUCUGUUGGUCGCACCUUAUCUUCUUAUUCGUUUUCCACCAAGUCUUCAUCUUUUUCGCAUUCAAGAAGAAACCCACUUCACAAUUUCAUCAAAUGCUCUGUUUCUGAAGCUGAGGCAAUUGAUACUGUCGAUGUACAUUAUUCCCUCAGAGCAGAAGGUUGCAUUAGUGAGGAGAAAUGACAUUAGGAAUAUAGCAAUUGUUGCUCAUGUAGACCAUGGAAAGACGACUCUGGUGGAUGCAAUGUUGAAACAAGCAAAAGUAUUUCGUGAUAAUCAAGUUGUAGAAGAAAGAAUAAUGGACUCAAAUGACUUGGAGCGUGAGAGGGGAAUUACGAUCCUCAGCAAAAACACAUCUAUCACUUAUAAAGAUACAAAGAUGAAUAUUAUCGACACUCCAGGCCAUUCUGACUUCGGAGGCGAAGUAGAACGUGUCCUCAAUAUGGUGGAGGGGAUUCUUUUAGUGGUAGAUUCUGUGGAGGGCCCAAUGCCACAAACAAGAUUUGUUUUGAAGAAAGCUCUUGAAUUUGGUCAUGCUGUUGUCGUUGUUGUCAAUAAGAUUGAUAGACCGUCUGCUCGUCCAGAAUUUGUCAUCAACUCCACUUUUGAACUCUUCAUUGAACUAAAUGCAUCCGAUGAACAAUGUGAUUUCCAAGCAGUAUAUGCGAGUGGUAUAAAGGGAAUGGCUGGACUCUCUCCUGAUAAUUUGGCAGAUGAUCUUGGACCACUUUUUGAGACGAUAAUUAGAUGCAUACCAGGACCACGUAUUAAGAAAGAUGGUGCACUUCAAAUGCUUGUCACGAGUACCGAAUACGAUGAGCACAAGGGAAGAAUAGCAAUUGGACGCUUACAUGCCGGGACUCUGAGUAGAGGCAUGGAUGUUCGCAUCUGCACACCGGAUGAUGCAUGCAGAUUUGGAAAAGUCAGUGAAUUGUUCGUAUUUGAGAAGUUUUACAGGGCACCUGCAGAAAGUGUGGAGGCUGGUGACAUUUGUGCCGUCUGUGGUGUUGGUGAUGUUCAGAUUGGGGAGACAAUUGCUGAUAAAAACGAUGGGAAGGCGUUGCCUGCUAUUAGGGUGGAAGAACCUACCGUAAAAAUGGCUUUCUCUAUCAACACUUCACCCUUUGUUGGUCGCGAGGGAAAGUACGUUACGAGUAGAAAUUUAAGAGACAGACUCUACCGUGAACUCGAGAGAAAUUUGGCCAUGAAAGUUGAAGACGGUGAAACUGCUGAUACUUUUCUUGUUAGCGGACGUGGUACUUUACAUCUCACCAUACUGAUUGAGAACAUGCGAAGGGAAAAUUACGAGUUCAUGGUGGGGCCUCCAAAAGUGAUUAACAAAAGAGUCGAUGACAAGUUGCUUGAACCUUAUGAGAUUGCCACUGUAGAGGUGCCCGAAGAACACGUGGGUCCGGUUGUUGAACUUCUCGGUAAAAGGCGUGGCCUGAUGUUCGAUAUGCAAGGGCUUGGUUCUGAAGGAACAACGAUAUUGAAAUACAAGAUACCGACUCGUGGGCUUCUUGGACUGCGAAAUGCCAUUCUGACGGCUUCCCGAGGAACGGCGAUUCUUAACACGAUCUUUGACAGUUACGGACCUUGGUCUGGCGACAUGUCAACCCGUGAUCUUGGAUCCCUGGUUGCCUUCGAGGAUGGAACCACAACGUCUUACGCUCUAGCUAGUUCUCAAGAACGGGGGCAAUUGUUCGUUAGACCCGGAACAGAAGUUUACAAAGGUAUGAUUGUCGGCAUCCAUCAACGACCUGGUGACUUGUCCCUCAACGUAUGCAAAAAGAAAGCAGCUACCAACGUCCGAUCCAAUAAAGAAGUGUCGGUUGUUCUUGAUACGCCGAUGGAUUAUAGUCUUGAUGACUGCAUCGAGUACAUCCAAGAAGACGAGUUGGUUGAAGUGACUCCGAAAAGUGUCCGGAUGUGCAAAAACGCAAAGAUGAACAAAAAGGGUCGGUAAUCAAGAUCCAAACACGAUGCUUUCGAGUGAUCAACUUUGAUCUCUGAGAAUUUUUGCACCAACUCGAUGAUAUGGUGCUGGCUCCAUUGGAGCUUCCUCGUAGCAUAUAGAAGAUUUUUGAGUUCAUUAGACAUCGAAAGGAUUGCGGACAUAGAUUUGAAUACGAUUAUUAUGAAAUAUAGUGUGUAGCGGUGAAGAAUCGAUUCCGAGAACCAAAAUAUAUGUGCAGAUUUUAACUUCAUAAAGGUUACAUGUAAAUGC